AUGUCUGAAGCUGCGCCCGCCGCCGCGUCUCUUGGCGCUGCAGCCGGAGCCAAGGCCCCCGCCAAGAAGGCGGCGGGCGGCUCCAAGGCCCGCAAGCCCGCGGGGCCCAGCGUGACCGAGCUGAUCACCCAGGCCGUGUCCUCCUCCAAGGAGCGCAAGGGGCUGUCCCUGGCCGCGCUGAAGAAGGCUCUGGCAGCCGGCGGCUACGAUGUGGAGAAAAGCAAUAGCCGCAUCAAGGUGGGGCUCAAGAGCUUGGUGAGUAAAGGCAUCCUGGUGCAGACCAAAGGCACCGGCGCCUCGGGCUCCUUCAGGCUGAAUAAGAAGCCGGGCGAGGCCAAGGAGAAGGCGCCCAAGAAGAAGGCGGUGGCGGCAGCUAAGCCCAAGAAGGCGGCGGCCGUGAAGAAGAGCCCCAAGAAAGCCAAGAAACCGGCGGCCGCCGCGGCCAAGAAGAGCGCGGCCAAGAGCCCCAAGAAGGCCAAGACGACCAAGCCCAAACGGGCCGCCAAGAGCCCGGCCAAGACCAAGGCGGUGAAGCCUAAGGCUGCCAAGCCCAGCAAGCCCAAGGCAGCCAAGGCCAAGAAGGCGGCGCCCAAGAAGAAGUAAGGUGAUUUUAAGAUGCUUGCACCUAUACACCCAAAGGCUCUUUUAAGAGCCA